ACAGGGGAACAGUGGUUUUGUUGAGUGAUUUUUUUUAUGUUUUUAAAUACUUGCUCUAACCUUCUCAUCUUAUGGCAGUAAUUCCAAAAAUUAAACUAAGCCUAGAAGGAUUGAAGAAUGGGAAGACCUUUUUAUUUUUUUUCAUCGUAUUCUACAUCAUUUUUGUAUAUUUCUGGACGAAGCUGAUCAUUCCUCAACUUAUGGAAGAGAAAGUAGAUCAGAAGAUAGAAGAAUAUAAAAUACCGAUAACUGUAAACGUGUCCAACGACCCAGUGAGGCAGUACCACAUGGCAAGGGCCAAAGUUCUCCAGAGGUCGGACCUCCCCUGGAUCAGGGUCCAGAACAACAUCCCACACCUCAACAUACCGCUCUUCGACACGCUGAGGGAGAACUGCAAGACAGUCGGAAAUAAGAGAUCUCCAGAUGAGAUCAUGUUUUCGAAAUAGAAUGUUAUUAUAUUAUUAUUCAACAACAGUCCAAAAUAAAUCAAAAGUUAAUAAUAA